GACUUUGUACUCGGACUGUAAUCAGGAGCCACAGGUGGUGAAGUUUCAGCGCUCGCCCGAUCCAAUCAUGCUCAGUGAGGGCGCCAAGAUUUUUGUGGGUCAGGCAGGAAAUGCUGACCCGGACAAAUUUGAGGGUAAAAUCUCAGAGUUUCAGUUGGUGGGAGACCCUCAGGGGUUUCAAAGUUUCUGUGACUACGAGGCUUACCCCAGUACGAUCGUUCCCCAGCCCAGUGCGGUCCCAAAGCCACUCGUGAUUCCUUCAAAGGGUGAGAAGGGUGACAGGGGUGAGACGGGUGAGAAGGGUGAUCGUGGCCCUGCAGGGCCGAAGGGGGAUUCCGGUACCAGCUUGGUGUCUAGUUCCUCUUCACAAGGUGCAGACCAAGGACUAAAAGGAGAAAAGGGCACAAAGGGUGAUAAUGGCUUUGGAUAUCCCGGCAAAAAAGGUGAACAUGGUGCUCAAGGGCCACCUGGGCCAUCCGGUCUUCCAGGGCCUGCAGCUGAGGUGCUCCAACUUGCAGAUGGCUCUAAUGUGCACAAAGUGGCUGGACCCCCCGGUCUCCCGGGACCACCGGGGUUGGAUGGGAUUGCAGGGGAUGAUGGAGAGCCUGGGGAUCCAGGAGAGGAUGGAAAAACUGGUCCUGCUGGGCCUCAGGGUAUUCCAGGAAGUCCAGGAACUCCAGGUGCCAAAGGCCAAAAGGGUGAGGCUGGAGAGGGUUCCCCUGGUCCCAGAGGCCCCCCAGGUCUACCAGGACCUCCUGGACCUGGCACGGGGGAUCGUUCCACAUUUGUUGACAUGGAGGGCUCAGGAUUUCCAGAUCUGGAUGUAAUCCGGGGUCAACACUGUCUCCCAGGGCUCCUAGGCCCUCCUGGCCCUCCUGGUCCUCCUGGGAUUCCUGGUACUUCAGUGGCACUAGGACCUGAUGGUCCAAUAGCAUUUGGACCUUCUGGUCCACCUGAAAAAGAUGGGGUGCCUGGUUUUCCAGGUUUUCCUGGUCCCCCUGGUCCUCCUGGUCCACCUGGGCCCAGAGGGGAAAAGGGUGAUGGCGGCGAUCUUGGUCUUCCUGGUCCAGCUGGAGAAAAGGGCACUCAGGGCGACCGAGGAAAGACGGGUACGGCAGGACAGACUGGUCUGGCAGGGCUCCCAGGUCCCAUGGGACCAGUUGGACCUCCAGGGCCCCCUGGACCACCGGGUCCACCAUACAUCAUUGCUAAUAAAGACCAGAAUGGGAAUGAAGCGUUGAACGCCUUACCUGGACUCAGAGGCCCACCUGGACCACAGGGUCCACCUGGUAUUCCUGGUCUACCUGGUAAGCCAGGUUUUCCUGGUGACCAUGGAAUCAAAGGAGCAGAAGGACCACGUGGACCUGCUGGGGGCCCAGGUUUAGACGGAUACCCUGGACUCCCGGGUCAAAAGGGAGACAAUGGAGAGAAGGGUGAGACGGGUCUCCCGGGACGAGAAGGCGGGCCACCCGGACCUCCAGGGCCUCCUGGACCUCCGGGUCAGAUAGUCUACCAGUCGACAAGAGAUUCUAACGAGGUUUAUUGGAACGAGGUGGGACAGGGAGGCUCACGUAGAACAGGACUCCCUGGGCCCCUGGGUCAAAAAGGAGAUAAAGGGGACAUAGGUCCUCCAGGAUAUGCUCCUAAGGGACAGAAAGGAGAGCCCGGCAUCAUUAUGGGGCCUGAUGGGAAACCUAUGUAUCUGGGGGGCCUGGCGGGGCAGCCGGGUGAAAUGGGAAGUCCUGGCCCAGUUGGACCUCCAGGUCCCUAUGGUCCACAAGGUCCUAAAGGAGAGAUUGGUUUCCCUGGAAGGCCGGGUCGACCGGGAUUAAACGGCGCCAAAGGAGGGAAGGGAGAAGCAGGUGUUGGAGCUGGUUACGGUCACCCUGGUCCCCCAGGUCCACCGGGACCACCAGGACCUCCGGGACAUCCAGGACAUCCCACCGACAGAAUCGGAGAAUACGACGGGCACUCCGGUUAUUAUCCUGUUAAAGGAGAGAAAGGUGAUCGUGGACCACCAGGGACACUUCAGAUUCCAGGCCUGGAGUCAGGGUUUGAUUUUUACACUUUUAAGAAUGAGCUGAAAGGUGAGAUGGGAUUGAAAGGAGAGAAAGGAGAACCUGGAGGAUAUUAUGACCCCCGAUAUGGAGGCAGUGCAGCUGGAGCACCGGGAGUCCCUGGACCUCCAGGCCCUCCAGGAGAAUCGAUUGUUGGACCACCGGGACCUCAGGGGCCACCUGGACAUCCAGGAAGAGGCUACGAUGGACAACCUGGGCCUCCAGGACCUCCAGGGCCACCUGGACCAUCCCUAUCUGGACCUUACAGGGCUAUCAGUAUUCCUGGACCUCCGGGACCACCUGGAACACCAGGUCUACCUGGACCCUCCUCAGGGGUGAUCGUGUUCAAGUCUUAUGACAUCAUGGCAGCCACAGCCAGAAGACAGCCUGAAGGGUCUCUGGUGUACAUAACGGACCAAACAAACCUCUACGUACGAGUCCGAGAUGGAGUUCGUCAAGUUCAGCUGGGGAACUAUAUUGCUUUACCAAGUCUACCUGGUAAUGAGGUUGGAGCUGUGGCGCCACCGCCCAUCGUCCCAUACUCGCCAGACCUUUACAGACAACCUGCGCAUCCAGUCCAACCAGAUCCUCGGUACCCUCCACAGACUGACCCCAGGUACCCCAGUUACACAGACCGCUUCAACAGACCGGACGGUCGAUACGUAGACCCUCGGUACCCGGUCACGCCUCUGCAGAGACCUCCACCUCAUCCGAGUCACAUCCACAGCCACAGCUCUGGACCAGCGCUCCACCUCAUUGCACUGAACAGCCCUCAGACGGGCGCCAUGAGAGGAAAUUCAGGUGCAGAUUUCCUGUGCUUCAGCCAGGCUCAGGCCAUCGGGUUGAAGGGAACUUUCCGAGCCUUCCUGUCCUCUAAACUCCAGGAUAUCCACAGCAUCGUCCGUAGAGACGACAGAGGAAAUGUGCCAAUUGUUAACCUGAAGGAUGAGGUUCUGUUUGACAACUGGAACGCCAUCUUUCACGACGGCAGAAUAAAAGAUAACAUUUCAAUCUACUCUUUUAACGGCAAGGACAUCCUUAGAGAUGACACGUGGCCAGAGAAGAUGGUGUGGCACGGGUCGACCAGUGGGGGUCAGAGGCACCUCGAUAGCUACUGUGAAUCAUGGCGCGUCAGCGAGCGGGUGGUGACGGGCAUGGCGACGCCACUGCAGAGUGGCAGCCUGAUGCAGCAGACCUCCAGCAGCUGCUCCAGCUCCUACAUCAUACUCUGUGUUGAGAACAGCUACGUUGGCCGUGCCAAUAGAUAAUCGCACUCAAAUUGAACAAAGACCUCAAACACGUCCUUACACCGUCUGUGAUGCUUUGUAAAUAUGACUUGUUUUUUUAAGAAUGAUUAUUUUGUUUACUCUUUACACUAGAG